AUGAAUACCCUCGCGCAUCUGUUUGGCUCUCUCAGUAAGCGUCUAAGGAAGGCGCAAGAAUGGGCUCUAAUGAAGGGUUGUCGAGUUCGCAGGAGUGGACCAUGCUAUACCUACCCAGCUCAUUCGGACUUAGAGUCAGCCUACGAAGUCAAUGUCGACUUCCCAAUUCACGAUACCCUUGACAUACCAAGUUCCGAUGAAGCUACGAACGCGGCUGCCACUAUAAAUGAUGACAUAUAUGGCUCUACUAGCAUAAGUCAGCAUAACCCAGACAGUAUCUCGAUUGCGGAUGCGACUUCAAAUUCUGGGACUUCAGAAACGCGAUCAACCAAUUCAUCCAUAAUAAUCAGUCACGAGAUCACUUACAGAUCAUAUCCACCUGAUCCUUACCCUAUGCCGUCCUUUUUAAGUUAUACUAUCGCAUCUGAGCUCACGCCGGGGGCAGACGAGUCGUACCAUCCUCACGUCGGUGCCCUUCUAACAACCGCUGAUCCAAACCCGCCUGGGCCUAUUGCGCAAGGAGAUGUAAUUGAGCCUGAAAGUGCUUCGCUGAAACGCCAGAGACUUGAAGAUUUUGACGAAAAACUUGAGGGUAUAUCAGACUUCUUCCCCUCAUUACAUACAUGUAUUCCUGUUUUGAUUUGUGUGUGA